CUCAACUUUUAUAAGACUCGCCAGAAACACUUUCCCUCAGUUUUCAGUAGACUACAGUGAAACAAUGUUCAAAGUUGUGCUGUUAGUAACAUUGACUGUGUUGUGUGUGGUUCAUAGCCAAAGUGAUGAUGGGUGCACACAUUCGGGAUCGCACACAAGAGUUAAACGAGGGAAAUACCGCGGCCCUCCGCUAACAUACGACACGCCACCACCAUUCACACCAUACCGCGGCAGCCGACCCCACAAGGUUAGUAGACGUCCCACUAACCAUGGUUGGGACGAUGACAUAAAUAACCUAGUUAACAACUUAUCUACACAAGAUUUGGAUAAAAUAAUCGAAUUUGCUUAUGAAAAAGAUAAAUAUUCUGAUAGAAGCUAUGACAUAGAGUAUGAAUACUAUCGACCGAGUAAGAGGAAGUAUUCUCACAAACCACCGCCGUUUGCCAAAGAUUACUAUUAUAAUUAUAAUACCAAAUAUUCUGAGGAAAAGCCUUACGAAAUGGAAUUCAAGAAAUACCUAAGUUAUGUGACUGAAGCAACUCCUUUGAAUUAUAUGCCACAACACGACAUGAGAAGUCCAUAUCCUACAGAUAUAGAAUGGAAUCAGGUCAGUUUCCCUGGGUCACAGGACGAUAGGACGCCACCAAGCAAAGUUUACAGUACACAAGACAAUGAACCGACACGAUUCCAAGAAUAUGGACCAGAAGGCACAUCGACUAAUUACAAAGAUUUCGGACCACAGUUUGACCAGUCAAGUUUUGCUCCACAAGGCGGCUCACACCCAUUUGAGACGUUUGGAACACAAGACGACACGGUACCUCAGACAUCUAAUAUUGAUAGUGUUCAGAAAUUUGAAAACCUUCCACCAAUGGCCUACUCAGGUACAACUCCUUCAGAUUUUCCUGAAACGACUGAAGAAGAAACAUUGCCUCCCCCAAUUAACAUGAGAGAAGUAGACUUUGAUGCGUCUUACACACAUAAUGUACCCACCGUUGUGAAAGCAGAUUCUGAUUCGUAUGCAGUGGAGAAUUUUGGCGACUUACCGCUGAUGAAUCACAAUUCUAAGUUGCAUUCAGUCAGUUCAUACCAUGUGCCGCACUACACUGUGACAAAAUCAAAAUCGCAAUCACUCCCACCGCCUCCUUCAUCAUCCUACUCAUCAGCAGCAAACAUCCAGACUCCUCCAGUAGAACCUGCUCCUCCGGUAUCAGCAGCCCAGGAGCAAAGUGAUGCUCAUCUGAAGGCCAUCAAGAUAUGGUCCCAUAAGUCCAAGGGAGCUGCCUACACUCUUCAUGACGAUGGUACUCUGACGCCAGAAUGGCCUCGGCCGAAAUACGAACCGUAAAAUGAUUCUUCGUGAUAGGGAAGUGUUGGGAGACCACAGUGGAGUCCCGGUACUUGCAGUGCAUGGACAUAGAGUCAGUCUGUGGCCAGAACGGAGUGCAUUGCUGAGGAGCCAGGUCGUUCCAAAGGUCUGCCG